AUGUGGCGCCCGCUACUGCUCCUUCAGCUCCUCUCCAUUGGCCUGGCCAACGGAAAGAUCCAGCCCAGAAUCGUGGGCGGCACCACCACCACCCUGUCCUCGGUGGGUGGCUUCAUGGUGAACCUGCGCUACGACUCCAAGUUCUACUGCGGCGGCUCCCUGGUGAGCAGCAGGCACGUGGUCACGGCGGCCCACUGCCUCAACGGGAAGUCGGCCUCGCGGAUCACCGUCCAGGGCGGAGUGAGCGAGCUGAGCCAAACGGGCGUGGUGCGCCGCGUGGCCAGGUACUUCAUCCCGAACAGCUUCAGCACCUCCAGCCUCAACUGGGACGUGGGCGUCGUCCGGCUGCAGAGCUCCAUGACGGGCAGUGGCAUCACCACCAUACCGCUCUGCUCCGUGCAGUGGAAGGCGGGCGACUACAUGCGCGUCUCGGGUUGGGGAGUCACUCGCGCCGGCAACUCCAGUCCCUCCAACCAGCUGCGCACCGUGAACAUCCAGCUGAUCCGCAAGAAGGAGUGCCAGAGGGCCUACCGCAACCGGGACACCCUCACCGCCGCCUCCUUCUGCGCCCGCUCCGGGGGCAAGGACAGCUGCUCGGGCGACUCGGGCGGCGGGGCCAUCUUCAACAACCAGCUGUGCGGCAUCGUCUCCUGGGGCCUGGGCUGCGCCGACUCCAAGUAUCCUGGCGUCUACACAAGUGUCAAUCGGGUGCGCGGCUUCAUCGUGAACGCUAUGAAUAAGUAG